AUGCGAGGCGCCCCCUCCGGCUCCCUACACGAUACACGCAUCAAAUUGACGGUUUUGAAGAGCGUAAUCGUACCGCCGCUAGAGUACGCCGGAGAAGUAUGGGAAGGAAAUAAGAAGGUAGUGAAAGAACUCGAGGCGGCGCAGAUGAAAGCAGCGAAAACCAUCCUAGGAUGCUCCAGGCGCACAAGUAAUGCAGCCGUCAGGGCAGAAUUGGGGAUCCAAUCCCUACGGUCGGGAAGAGACGCGAGGAAGCUGACCUGGCAGUAUCGCAUGUGCGGGAUGGGAGAGGAGAGGUUGCCGAGAAUUGUAUGGGAGGCGAAGUGGGCAAACAA